AUGGUUAACGGCGUGCCUAUACCAUAUACGAUCACUGACAACAUGCUGUGCUCCGGUAUACUGGACGUGGGAGGUCGCGACCAGUGCUAUGGGGACUCUGGCGGGCCAGUCUUCCACCAUGGCGUGCAAGUCGGCAUCUGCUCGUUCGGGCACGAAUGCGCGCUAGGCGAAUUCCCUGGCGUCAAUGUGCGCGUGUCUCAGUUCACCGACUGGAUAAGUCGCGACCAGUGCUACGGGGACUCUGGCGGGCCAGUCUUCCACCACGGCGUGCAAGUCGGCAUCUGCUCGUUCGGGCACGAAUGCGCGCUAGGCGAAUUCCCUGGCGUCAAUGUGCGCGUGUCUCAACAGCAAAUUACAAACCUCGUGAUCAACGGCAUACCUAUGCCAUACACGAUCACUGACAACAUGCUGUGCUCCGGUAUACUGGACGUGGGAGGUCGCGACCAGUGCUACGGGGACUCUGGCGGGCCAGUCUUCCACCACGGCGUGCAAGUCGGCAUCUGCUCGUUCGGGCACGAAUGCGCGCUUGGCGAAUUCCCUGGCGUCAAUGUGCGCGUGUCUCAGUUCACCAACUGGAUAAGCGAGAACCGAUAA